UCCAAAAAAUAGUCAGCGAUUACGUACAAAAACGUAUCACAUUAAAAGUAGCUACUCAUAAACUAUGCUCUCUUGUCAUCGAAAUGGACCCUAUUAAAACCGGUGCUGUUAAUACUAUCAGACGAUUGAUGGAAAGAUUGUCCCUUGUGCAGCCAUUGGAGGGAUACAAAGGCGAGAACGAAUUGUGGAAUACAUAUGUUGAUCCUUUUCUUGACUCUCUCUUCAGUAAUCUCGAAAAUGGCGUCCAUUUGCGAUGACAAACUUAAAUGAUACCACUGAACAAGGCUCGGAAAGGCCUGAUAACGUUAUUUCUGUCAUUAUGCAGUCCAAUUGGGGCAAGAACUUGAGGUAUGGAGAAGCAAAGAUUGAAGAGCCCACCGUCAACAAGUUCAUGCUCGCCUGGGACUUGUACCGCCUUGGCAUUUUUCUAAGGAAACGAUAAAUACCACCAACGACAAGUCUUCCAUCUCUUUCCAAGUAAGAGGUAGCUUAAGCUGAUUAAUAGCAACCCUCUUUAUCUAAUCAUAUUGAAA